CUUUGGUCAACAAACAUGCUGGUGCGCCGCCUGGCCCAACCCGUGCUGCUGAGGCAGCUGCACAGAGGGACGACUGCCACGGGAGUCCGUAACCACGCCCGCUACUUCUCCAUUGAAGCGACCGACAAGCCGGAGUAUGCAAAGGAACUUAUCUACGAAGCUCCCCUCGCCAGACCUGUGCGCAUGAUGAAGGCGGUCUCGAUCACGUCGUGCACGUUGACGUCGAUUGGAAUGCCCAUCACGUGCAUGUAUGGCUCCGUGACGUCGUCUCUAGUGGCGCAGUGGGCCAUGUGCGGCACCGUCAUGAUAUUUGGGAUGGGGACCACCGCCCUGUUUCACGUCCUCUUCAAGCCGUACGUCCUGCGCUUGUGGAUCAACCGUAACUCGGAAACUGUGACUGUCGAAACGCUCAACUUGCUCGCGGCCAAGACCACGACGGACUUUCAGCUUGCCGACGCGACCUUUCCCGACAAGUCGAUGCACCCCAUGAUCAACUUCAAAGCCAAAGACAAGCACUACUUUGUUCAUCCCGAAGCGUUUGGCGAAGACGAUCGUUCUGUCGUCGAGCGAUUGCUCGGUCGUCCGUUCGACGAACUCGUGCCCAAGGCGGACGAAGCCAAGGACGUUGAGUAAAUGAAGGAUUAGCAGCCCAAUCCAUUGCAGCCACAUGGCAACGAAACAAGCACUGGAAUUGCCCUCCAUUCCCUUGACUACUCAUGUGGCAAACUAGCCAGCUGAAGGGACUCCAUUUGCACUUGCCAGUCCAUGGAUGCAUGUCAUGCAAAUCGAUCGCUGUCGCACAAUGGAA